AUGAUCCAAUUAUGCUCUGACCUCCGGCUGAAGCUCUGUGUGGGGAUAUUUCUUCUAAGCUCACUAUUCCUUACUACCUCCUACAAUACCACAUUUGCUUUUGAUCGCCCCAUUAGUACAUCUGUCUUCGUCUGCUUCCUUACGGGGUUCACUCUCUUGGUAUGGAGUCGGUUUGUUUCAUUGACGUCCUCGCCAUCAUUGCCGAUAAGUAAACGGCCAGUUAUCGCUCUCGCGGAGCAAUUUGAGCUUCCCUCCCGCGCAUCGACGUCAUCUUUCUCACUAGGCGAUGUCGAGACUCGCCCUCGGCUACGGUUUCAACUGUGGUGGAUAAAAAUUGGUCUCUUGAUGGGGCUAUGUGGCUUGCGGAUUGAGUCGUUCCGCCAAGUAACUCUGAACACGGAAUGCGCGCCAGCUGGAUACGCUUACGCUAUUCCUUUCGUUAUUUCGCUCUAUGACUACUGGCGCAACCAGCGAUCACGGCAAGUAGACAAAUAUGUCCCUACCCAACGAUUCGAAAAGCUGCCGCUGCAGGUGGUCUACUCUGCUUCCCGCCGGAGCUUCUAUUAUCUUACGCAAAGCCGGUCCAGAGGUUUAAUUGCAGCCGCUUUUUUGUCGGUUGGUGGGCUUUUGGCUUCAUCGUUCUCGGCUGGAACCCGGUCAACCUAUAUCUGUCCCAUUAUGUUACAUGGCGCAUCGCGCCUACGAUCCUACAGGCUGUUCAACCUGUUUGCUGAUUCUGUUAUACUUAUUGGAAUUACCGAGUUAUGCCGGAUUGGCACUCAAUUUGAUGAUGCGCGCAGAAAACGAGCUUUGACAUUCCUUGGAGCUGGUCUCUUGGGUCUUUCGUUGGUCUGGAGUGUUAUACCCUACUUGGUACCAGGUAGCUUUCCUGAAUUUGCCAGUCAACCCGUGUUGGGUCUAGAGUAUUCGCGCAGCGCUUUCAGCCAGUCUGUGUUGGUUCUAAUACUGGUCUUGUCGGCCUGGCACAUGUUGCCACAUUUCGACAUCCUUGGUGUGUCCAUUAUAGCCGGCUUUAUGAUCGUAUACUUCUCCUCUUCAUCGAUCCUCACAGAGCAACAAACAUUCCCAUAUAUCUCUCUAACUCAUGUUGUUCUCUCGUUGGCUGCAUCUCUGACGGGUGCCCUCCUAUUUCUUCUUGCGCGAGUGGUUCAUGGCGAAGAGCCGAAAUUAUACCGCACCAAUGUGGCCAUACAAAUAUUGUUCGCCGUGUUAUGUGGGAUUAGUCUCGUUUUUGCUGUGAGCAAGCAUCGUCUUGCUGAUAUACACCCGAUUGAGAUACUCAUCAACAACGGAGAAAUUAAACAUCACAACUAUCUGGCUCAGGCAUCUAGGAGCAAGACUCUUGGAGAUGCUGUCACCGAAUACCGGAGGCGAUACAAUCAGCAUCCACCACCGGGCUUUGACGAAUGGUAUCAAUAUGCUACUAGCCGAUCGUCGGCUAUCAUCGAUGAUUUCGAUCAAAUAUACCACGAUCUACUUCCAUUCCGAGCCCUAGCCCCGGAGCACAUCCGCGCAAUGACGCACGAACUGGCAACAAACCCUUUCAACGAUCUCGGUGGGAUCAGAAUCCGCAACGGCACGGCCAUGGUGCAAGAAGGCAUCAAACCGACCCAUGCGUGGAUGGUAGCGGGUGCCGCGGACAUGAUGAAGAAUUUCAGCAAAUAUCUCCCGGAUAUGGACUUGGUGUUCAAUCUGAAUGAUGAACCACGUGUUACAGUUCCAUGGGAGAAAAUAUCAAUGUUGAACCGGCAAACUGAGAUGCAAGAGAUGGUUCCCAAUGAGCGCAUGGUGCAUACUUGGUCGAACAACCGAGAGGAGGGCUGGGGCCCAAUUGAACCUGCUGAUCAAACCAACAUUACCGUAUUCACUGACGGGGCGUGGAGGGGUGUCUUUGAUCCAUAUGUGAGCGCUGUCUGCCCACCUUCAUCGAAGGCGCGCUCUCAACGAAUCUGGAAUCGUCAUGAGAUCUGUCUGUCAUGCGUGGCUCCUCAUUCCAUGGGGCAAUUCCCCCUGGAUUUCAACAUCGCCUCCGAAAUCUGCCACCAACCCGACCUUGCCUUCCUCCACGGUCUCCUAAUAUCCCCGGCCUCAUUCAAGGUGUCACAAGAACUCAUUCCGGUAUUCAGCCAGAGCGCUCUCACCGGAUUCAACGACAUCCUCUUCCCAAGCCCAUGGAACUACAUUGACAAGAUAAAAUACCAACCCACAGACGAACACCCAGAUCCCGAGUACAGCCAGAAAGAGAACUCCCUCUACUGGCUUGGCAGCACAUCAGAAGGCGUCAGCCGCUUCGGCGAGUGGAAAGGCAUGCCACGCCAGCGCUUCGCCCACUUAAUAAACAACAAUACCAACAACCAAGUCUCCGUCCUCCUCCCAACAGACUCCAACGAAAAGUCCUUCCGCUACGAGACAAUGGACGGCAGCGCCCCGACCUCAGACCUCGGUCUCCAAACCGCCGUCCACAUCGCCGACCCAAUCGUCCGCUGCGACUUCGGCGACUGCGACGAACAAGCCGAAGAGUUGGGCAUCGCAGGCUGGGCAGACUUCCAAGCACACUGGUCGCACCGCUUCCUAUUCGACCUUGACGGCGCUGGAUUCAGCGGCCGAUUCCUUCCCUUCCUACACAGCCGCAGCUUGCCUCUCAAAACAGGUUUGUUCCGCCAGUGGUUUGACUCCCGCGUCACCUCGUGGCUACACUUCGUCCCUGUUGAUAUUCGUCUCCAUGGACUGUGGAGUACGCUUGCGUACUUUGCGGGCGUACCUGCUACUGCAUCCGAAGAGAGGGGUCCUAAUUCCCAAAUGCGCAUGAAAGCGCAUGAUGAGCAGGGGAAGUGGAUUGCAGAGGAAGGGCGGAAGUGGGCGAGCACGGCGUUGAGGAAGGACGACAUGGAGAUUUACUUCUUUCGGCUACUUUUAGAAUGGGGUCGGCUUACGGAUGAUCAGCGUGAUGUUCUUGGGUUUGGGGUCUGA